AUGCAAUCUAUACAACCUAUACAACCUAUAAUUAUUCCUAUGUCAUAUCCGUUACUACAAACUGGAAUUAAUCAAGAAACAUUUAAUCAAUUUUAUUCUAAUUCUUUGAUGUCUCAAUCAAAUAAUUUACAAAAUAGAAAGUUAUCUAUUCCAUCAUUAGAUAAUUUUUUUAAACAAGUUGAUAGUGAAUAUGGAAAUACUGGUGAAUAUUUAUCUUUUAAGGAGGCAUUUGAAAAUGAAAAUAUAACAACUGACAUGAUAUCUGAAUUAACUGAUAAUGAAUUUGAAAAAUUAGGAGUCAUAAAAAUAGGAUGGAGAAAAAUAUUAAGAAAGGUUGCAAAAUUAUAUAAUUAA